UGACCUCCUGAUCACAUGGAGGAACCUUUACCAGUUACGCCACUGAGUUGGUUUAAUUCCUCAAGUCUAUCAGCAUUAGUUAUUGGAACCACCAAAUAGCAGGAUUUAUUCAUGUUCAGUAGUUGGCCAGAGAUAUGUUCAUAGCAUAAGAGCUAGAGAGUUGCUAUUACCUGAGGAAAAAAAAGAAUAGUAUCAUCAACAUAGCCUAAGUGAGUGUUAAUAGGGCAUUUUUUCAUAAACAUUAUAAUUAAUAAAAUCUUUAUACUGAAUGAAAUUAUUAAUCUUGAUAGAACAUAAUUCAUUGAAAAAAAUUUGACUACCUCUAGGAAGGCUCUCAUUGCCUGGGAUAAAUCCACUAGUGCUAGGUUGACUAAACCUGAUUUAUAUUGAGAUGGCACUAUAGUGUAAGUUAGUAAAUGUGGCACUACUCUUCACUACACAAUUCGACAGGAUAUGAAAGCAAGGCAAUUUGCAAAGUCUUGGUUGACUUGCCAAGUGUUUGGCUGAUUAGAGGACUUUUUGCAACCAUAGUUAUAAUUCUGAUUGAGAUGUGAAUGGCUUGGUUGAUUUGGUGGUAUUAGUAUUGGUAUGACCAAAAGGGAUAUCUCACUUCUAUUUAAAGUCUCAAAACCACAUGGUAUAGAGCAUACCUACUAAUUAUUGCAAUAAUGGUGAAAGCCUUCACAUUUUUUCUCUCAACACUCUUCUUGCUUGUGGCUAGUUCGGUCAUGACCCAAACCAACAUUACCACUGAUCAAUUAGCUCUUCUUUCCUUAAAAUCCCAAAUUAUUUCGGACCCCUUUCACUUCUUGGAUGAAAGUUGGUCUCCCGCUAUUUCUGUUUGUCAUUGGGUAGGAGUGGCUUGUGGUUCUCGUCACUAGCGAGUGAAGUCCUUGAAUCUUUCUAACAUGGCUCUUACAGGCAGGAAACCUCUCAUUUCCCCGUGAAUUUGGAAACCUCUCAUUUCUUGUUUCUCUUGACUUGGGAAGUAACAAUUUCCAGGGAAAUUUGCCUCGAGAAAUCGACUACUUGCGUCGGCUUAAGUUUCUUGAUUUAAGUUUUAACAAAUUAAGAGAGGAGGUUCCCUCUUGGUUUGGGUUUUUACACGAACUUCAAGUUCUAAAUCUUAGGAAUAAUAGUUUCACCGGUUCUAUCCCUUCUUCAUUUUCUAAUAUAUCCACACUUGAUACUUUGAAUCUGAAUUUCAAUUCCAUAGAGGGCCAGAUACCAAAAGUGAUUGGAAACCUUAGAGAAUUAAACUUGAGGGGUAACAAUCUCAUAGGCUCUAUUCCUCUGUCACUCUCGAAUGCCUCGAGGUUGGAGACUUUAGAUAUAUCUUAUAAUUCACUUCAAGGAAAUAUACCAGAAGGGAUCAACAAUCUUCACAACAUGAAAUUGUUGGGCAUACAAUAUAAUCAGCUAACAGGUUCUAUGCCAUUCAUGAUUUUCAAUAUCUCAAGAAUCAAAGUCAUUGCAUUUACAAGAAAUAGCUUAUCGGGAUAUCUUCCCAAUGAUUUAUGCAAUGAUCUCCCAAUACUCAAAGGGCUUCAUUUAUCCAUAAACAAGCUUUAUGGUCAUAUGCCUACAAGCUUAUCAAAUUGUUCACAACUUCAAAUUUUGUCUUUAUCAAUAAAUGAGUUUGAGGGACCAAUACGUAGUGAAAUUGGAAGAUUGAGUAACUUGCAGAAAUUGGAUCUCGGAACUAACCAUUUCAUGGGUGAAAUACCCAAAGAGAUAAGCAAUCUUGUUGAGUUGGAGGAACUUGAUCUUGUGCAUAAUAGUUUUAGUGGUCAACUUGAGAUGGAGAACUUCAACAUAUCCAGGCUGAGAUUGAUUUCUCUUUCAAACAAUAAUCUAUCAGGAAGCCUCCCACCAAACAUGUGUUUUGUCAUACCCAACAUUGAAGAACUUUAUCUGACCUUUACCAACCUUGUUGGGACUAUUCCUCAUUCUAUCUCCUAUCUUGUUGGGACUAUUCCUCAAUCUUGUGCAUCUGACCAUAUCUCUGGCAAUCAGAAUCUAUUCUCAAAUCUUAUCCACUCCACAACCCUUAGCGCAGUUACCCUUGCUAAUGGAUCUCGAAUUGCAGUAAAAGGAAUAGGGGACGUGCAACUUCUUCCCUCUAUUUCCUUAAACUCAGUUUUAUUUGCUCCUGAAUGUCCAUUUAAUUUGAUUUCUGUUAGCAAAUUAACCAAACGCCUAAAUUGUAGUGUCACUUUUUUGGCUGAAUCUGUUGUUGUACAGGACCAGAGAACGGGGAAGACUAUUGGAACAGGAUAUGAGUCAUAGGGACUGUAUCACAUGUCAAAAACACCACCACCAGUUGCCUUCACUUUUGCUGCCUCAACUGAUCUUCUCCACAACCGUUUUGAUCACCCGAGUCUAGCAAAGCUUCAAAUAUUAAUUCCUAGUCUUUCCACUGUCUUCUUUUGAAUGCGAGUCUUGUCAACUUGGGAAACAUAGUCUCACUUCGUUUCCCAAAAGAAUCAAUAACAGGGCCAUAUGUAUGUUUGACAUUGUUGACUCAGAUGUAUGGGGUCCUAGUCGUGUUGUUUCAAGUUUAGGAUUUCAGUAUUUCGUUACCUUUAUUGAUAUUUUUCUCUUUGCACAUGGGUAUUUUUAAUGAAAAAUCAUUCUGAAGUAUUCUCUAUUUUUCAAAAAUUCUAUGCUGAAAUAAACAAUCAAUUUGGUGUUUCAAUUAAGGUAUUAUGUAGUGAUAAUGCAAAGGAGUACUUAUCUUCACCCUUUGCCAGUUUCAUGUCGUCUUAGGGAAUCACUCAUCAGGCUUCUUGUACAUAUAUCCUCAACAAAAUGGAGUUGCCAAAUCUAAAAAUAUGCAUCUCAUUGAGACAACUUGAACUUUACUCAUACACCAUCACGCCCCUUUUCGUUUUUGGGGGGAUGUUGUUCUCACUGCUUGUUAUUUGAUAAAUAGAAUGCCCUCCACUGUGUUGCAACAACAAAGUCCUUACUCAGUUCUCUUUCAUGGUCAAAAUCCUUAUCGUCUACCUUUGAGAGUGUUUGGAUGUAAUUGCUUUGUCCAUGAUCAAAGUACUAGAAAUGACAAACUCCAACCGAAAUCAAUUAAGUGUGUCUUUCUAGGAUACUCUCGUCACCAAAAAGGUUACGAGCGCUAUGAUCCAAAAUCGAAUAAAUAUUUUUUCAGUGCAAAUGUGACAUUUUUUGAAACAUCUCCCUAUUUUACACCCAGCACUACAAGAAGAAGUUUAAUUCCUCAUGUUUUAUCGGUACCUAUACUUCCUCCACAUCAAAUCAGUCUUCUAGACAACCCCCUAACCGCUACUCCUCGUCCGUUUCAAAUAUACACCCAACGUGCUCGUCCUCUUAACAAUACUAAUGAUAGUAAUACUCCUAGUCCAGAUACACUGGUAGCUCCUGAUGAUUCAUCUCAUACUCCUUUGACACCUGCUCCAGUCAUGCCUUCAGCAGAUGCAGUGACCCCACCAAUUGCCAUACACAGUGGUAUACGCACUACUCGAAAUCAACAACCAGAGAGAUAUAACUGUUUAAGUUAUCAUCAGUUGCCCCUAUUAUAUUAUACCUUUGUAUUCACCCUAUCUAAUGUACCUAUACCAAAGACUGUUAGCAAAGAAUUAGAACAUCCAGGGUGGAGAGAUGCUAUGAUUGAAAAAAUAAAUGCUUUACAGACCAAUAACACCUGGGAAUUGGUCCACUUACCAAAGGGGAAAUCUACUAUUGGAAGUCAAUAGAUCUAUACUGUAAUACCCCACAUUUUGAACUAGAAUGAAAAUCCAUCAUUCCUAUGCGUAGACAUUUCAAAAGCCUCGAAUCCUAUAUAUAAAUUUAGUGUGUUAA